AUGCACGGAGUCUCCUGUGGCUGCCGCUGGAGUUGCGGCCACAUCUCGCCCCUCCAAGGCCGGCCAGACCCUCCUCAAGAAUCCCAUCAGCACCCGCAGCCUCGAGGGUACCGGAAACAAGCUCUUCGGUGGCAUCCUGAUAAAAAUCUUGAUAAUCGCGAAACUGCAGAACAUAAAUUCAGAGAUAUAGCAGAAGCGUUUGAUGUAUUGAGUGACCCCAAGAAGAAGCAAAUAUAUGAUCAGUUCGGAGAGGAGGGAUUGAAGGAUGGCGGGCCAGGCUGUGGAUUUGGGCCCGGUGGCAUGUUCGGCGGGGGCGGGCCAGGUGCUGGUUGCCAUUAUAGCUUCUCCCGAGACCCCAAUGAUAUCUUUGCUCAAAUGUUCGGAGGAGGAGGAGGAGGUUUCGGAAAUAGUAUGUUCAUGGAUGAUUUUGGUGGUUUUGUUGGAGGGAUGAAUCACCGGAAAGGAUUCGGCCGAUGUGCGUCUACGCGAGCUCCCAGUCCUGAGAUGAAGAAAAGCCGGAUUGCCGAGUUCGAUUUGAAGUGUUCGUUGGAGGAGCUUUAUGAAGGGAAGACGAAGAGGGUGAAGGUACACUCCCGGGACGAGCGUACAUGA